GAUUUCCCAUAAUGCUAUGCGACGCUUGAAAGCACGAUGGCCGACCACACUCCGAGUCGUCAUGAGAAAAGUUUAGGAUUGCUAACAACUAAAUUUGUAUCACUUCUUCAAGAAGCAAAGGAUGGAGUAUUGGAUCUUAAAGUCGCGGCAGAUCAGUUAGCUGUACGUCAAAAGAGGAGGAUAUAUGACAUCACCAAUGUCUUGGAAGGCAUCGGGCUAAUUGAAAAGAAGUCCAAGAACAGCAUUCAGUGGAAAGGUGCUGGGCCAGGAUGCAACACCAGGGAGAUCUCAGACAGACUUGUCACACUACAGAAUGAUAUUGACGACCUCGAACGUCAAGAGAGGGAACUUGACCAGCACAAACUUUGGGUGCAGCAGAGUAUAAAGAAUGUCACAGACGAAGUUACAAAUACCAGAUUGGCAUUUGUGACACAUGAAGACACGUGUAAGUGUUUCAAGGGGGACACGCUUCUUGCCAUCCAGGCACCAUCGGGAACACAGCUAGAAGUUCCCAUUCCAGAAAUUGGUCCAGGGUAUAAGAAGAACUACCAGAUCCAUCUAAAGAGCCACGCAGGUCCUAUCAAUGUCCUACUUGUCAACAAAGAUGCUGAUUCAACAAGUCCUGUCGUUGUGCAAGUGCCACCACCCAAAGAUGACUCUGCUGAAAACCCAUCCAAUCAAAACGUGGACCCUACUACACAGGGGACAGGGAUUGUUGCCAUUUUUCAGCGGUCUCCAGUGAAGUCGCCACUAAAGCAGACACAGCAGGCCAGUCUAGAGACAACAGCCCCCAUUACCAGAAUGGCAACACGAUCGUCACCAAGGAAAAACUCACAGGAGCAAAUUCCACAAGCUUCCACAUCUACCUCCACAAGCAGCUUCCCAACAACACCAAGUGGCCUUGACUCUCUUCCAUCUGAUAUGCUCUUUGACCCCUCACGGAGCGACUACGAUGUUGAUGGCUCUUUCAUUGAUGACCUCAUUACUUCAGAAGCAUUUGCUCCCCUUCUCCGCCUGAGUCCGCCACCAAGUGAUCGGGAUUACUACUUCAACCUUGAUGACACUGAGGGAGCCUGUGAUCUCUUCGAUGUGCCGCUAUUAUCGAUUUGAAGAUAUCGGCAGUAGCAACUAUCUUCUUCAAAGACUUUAAGAUCCUCAUGCAAAUAGUGCUUACCAAUUGUGUUCGUGCAUGUCAGCCAAUUGGAUUGGUGCAUUGAUGACUCGACCAAUCAGUCUUGUGCAUUUUGGGCUGGACGAUCAUCACAUUUCCGUCUGUCUCAUGGAAUUACAAUAGACAAGCUAGUGUCGCUGACAACCAAAGCAAGUAGCUGUGGCCGCAUACAUAGUGUGGUCUCUAAGUAGAAGACUGAAGUGGAUUUGGCCAGGUGAAUCCAUCAGAAGCAACUGGACAAGUGGGUAUGUCUUGAGCUUUGUCGCAGGCAGACACAAAUGGGUUUGGUCUUGCUCAGGCAUCGUCCUUGCAAAUAUGCCACAAGUUGACUCUACAAGCAUCAGCAGCUCGACAUGACAGAUGGGCAUGGCCAGAUUAUCCUGUGCAUCACAGGCAGCCACAGUAACAGGGCAUGGCCAACAGUGGAAUUAUAACCACGACUAGUUCAUUGAUUAGAUCAUGAAACAACUUCUUUGUUCUUUAUAAACCAUGUAUACUGACUAACAUGACCUUUAGUUGUGUCAUGUUAUCCUUGACAUAUUGCAGCUGGCAUGGUUAGAAUAUAAUGAAGUUGUAUUGCUAAGAACUUAAACUCAAGAAUAUCAGUAGAAGGUAUCGUUUAGUGUACACUAUUUCGAUACACUCCUACCUGUUAUGUUCAGAUGAAUGAUUAGGUUAGGUCAACUCAUAACAAAAUGUGAUCCAUUUCUCUGCUUGUCUGUUUUUUAUGUAGAACUUACAUAUGAAUCACUUUCCAAAUCAGACUCUGUAACUGUACAGUUUUGUUGAAUAACAUUGAUGUUAUUAAGGUUGUAUGUCAUGAAAUGAGGGUUACCAUGCCAUAAAUGUCAGGGACUGGUCAUAUUAUGAGGGAAGGUGGGUGAAAUUAUGGGCGAAGUGUGCGCAAAAUAUCACAGCUAUAUCAUACUUCACAGGAGCAUGAGAGAUUAACCUCUAUUUUGUUCCUGUAACAAAUAACUUGUAAUUAUUUGAAAUGUUUUUGUGGAGUUUCGGAACAAAAAUGUUAAAUGGGGUUUGGGGAUGUGUAAGCCAUGACAUACAGUCCUCUUUCUGACCCAUCUUACCACCUACUUCCUAUAAUUAAUGUGCGGUGGGGUAGUCUAGUUGUUAAAGCGUUCUCUCAUCACACUGAAGACCGGGUUCGAUUCCCCACGUGGGUACAAUAUGUGAAGCCCAUUUCUGGUGUCCCCUGUCGUGAUAUUGCUGGAAUAUUGCUAAAAGCGUCGUAAAACCAAACUCACUCACUCACUCCUAUAAUUAAUGACCUGUCCCUAAAGCCUUAUUUCUGGAAAAAGGUUUUGAAAUCGGAAUUAUACAAAGAUAGAUUAUAUAUGUUACCCUAUUGAUACAUAGUUUAUAUAGAAGUUGUAUUCUCAAAGAUUUUGCAUUCUUUGUAUUUCAGAGUUUAAUAGAUGAUAAGUUGCGAAGUCAGAUUUAAGUAAAAUGUUUAUUCAGUGUUGAAGCUAUUGAAAGAAAGAUCAUGAAAUAAUCUCAUGAAUAUUAAUAACAUUCCUGUCCCUUGAAUGGGUUGAACAUGUUGAAGAUCUGAGAUUUUCAUAAUGUAAUUUUGUUUUUGUUUUCCCAUAUUGUCUGUAUUCAAAUGGAAAAAGUUGAGAUUAGUUUGUAAUUGCCACUUAUCAGCUGAUGGUAGUCAAUGAUUGUUCAACAUAGGAAAAUAUUAUUAAUCAAUGGGUAGCCAUGGUAACCAAAUUCAUGUGUAUAGUCAUUGAGUGUAUAUCAUAAUUUGAUAAUCACAAUAAUGUGUGUAAGCUGUAUUUAUGGGGUUACAUGUUUUUAGGAUCAACGUGAUAGUGGGACCAUAUUUAUUCUCAUUGUUUGAUAUAAAAAUCCUAGUGUUACCAAAGGAAGGGUUGAACGAUCUGCUAUCAUAAUCAUUAUCAUGAUAAUGGUUGGCACAUUAGAGGAACUGGAAGGUGUAUAUAUUUGUAUAUCAUGAAAUUCCAAUCUAUAGUCCCAGAAUGAAAAGGUAAUGUUAUACAAUACAGAUGAUUUUAUAGAGAAAUGUACUUUAGAUUAUUACAGUUUUGAUAACCAAUUUUUCAAAAUUGAUUUGUAGUCGGAGGAUUUUGUUUUCUUUUUCUUUAAAAUAAAAAUAAUGUUCAUAACUUCAUUUAUGUUUACCACAAUCUUUUGGCUUUAAAUAAAUAAAAUAAAUUUGUCAUUGUUUUAUCAAAUGUUUGUCUAGAUCUGUGUUUUGCUUCUCACUGCCUGAAUCAGGAGCCAUAGGCAUGUUGGGGGAGAUUUGUGGUUUUCCAAGGAUAAAUUAUGUGACAGUUCAUUAUUUCUCUUUCUAAACAUGCCAAACCGAUCAAAUAUUCCAAGUUGGCCCUGUUUGUAUUUUAACCUGUAGUUGAAUGAUGGUAAUCAACAGUUUUGUUCUGGGACUGUCCUCACUGGUUGACUGUGCACAACAAGCAGUAGACGUGUGACUGUAUAUCCUGUAUAUAGCUCGGGCACGUUCACGCGAUGUUCAUCUAUGCUUUGUUUUAAGUACGUCCACUCAUUGUUGUAUAUUUUCGUAUUUUGUACGUUUUCUACCGACACCGAUCACACUUUACUGUCAAUACCGUUUCUACAUGCAUGUAGUGUUAUGAUCAAUAUCCUCUCAUUACUCACACAUGUCAUCGGUUCCCAAUUGCGUAGAUCGAUGCUCAUGCUGUUGAUCACUGGAUUGUCUGGUCCAGACUCGAUUAUUUACAGACCGCCGCCAUAUAGCUGGAAUAUUGCUGAGUGCGGCGUAAAACUAAACUCACUCACUCACUCUUCAGCUUUCUACUCCCAGAUGACACACACCAUGAUAUAACUUGAAUAUGGUUCAUUGUGGCAUUUAAACCAACUCACUGCUAACAUUGUGAAUUAAUCACCUUCCUUGAUGUAGCUUGGUCCAACAGGUAUGGACAUGAUGGAAGAUUCUAUGAUUUAGGGGGCGGUGAAUUUGGGUUUAACGUUGUGCUGGAGAAUAUUUCGCUCAUAUGACGACGUGCAUGCAUGUGUAUGUAUGUGUAUGCAUAUGCGCGGCUGCUUGUAUUAGCCCAGACU